AUGCCUAAGCAAGUGCCAGUGGAGAACUUGGUGAUCCCGCCGCAGGACGGGCGGAUAUGCGGGACGAUUUGCAUCUGUCAGAUGACGGCGGUCCUCUCCUCCGUCGCCCUGGUCUACCUGACCGUUGCCAUCUACAUGCCGAGCACCAGGGCGUUCCAAUCGGGUAUAAGCGAGGUGCCAGUCAUGUGCACGACCAUACGCGCCGUGAACGCGGACAACUGUGAAUGGGGCAGCUGCGGGGAGUGGUGCCUGUCGAAAACGUCGGGCCCCUGCGUCCAGAUCCACGUGAACUUACGUAGAAACGGUUCCAGGAUAUUGUUGGCCAACUGCACCAACACGACGAACAAGACUUGUUACGGGAUCGAUCAGGAGAACGCGAAGAAAUCGAAAUGCAUAGCGGACGAGUGUCGAAAUCUGACAGGCACGUUCAACUGCUCGUCGGGGGUGUGCAUCAACAUUACGGACGCGUUCGAGUGCAUAUUCCACGACACCGAUCCACCGAUGAAGUGUUCGGGUAGACGAGGCAAGAUAACCUGCAUAGACAUAGACGGCCUGUUCAAUUGUAAUCGCGGUACCUGCGAGCGUAUCAGAACGCCGUACAACUGCGAUCGCAGAUGCGUCGAUAUACCGACAAGGAACAAGAACAUGAUCCUGUUGACGGGCGACAAGGUUUAUCUCAGCCAAUGCGAGAGAGCCAUAGACGUGCAGACGAAUCGGGAGAUAUGGCACGAGGAUCGGGGGGACGUGAUGAUGGCUUCGUGUUACGGGAUAUUCAACUCGACCCUGGGCGUCGAGGCUGUCGAUUGCAUCAACGGGUCCGUGUUGGAGAAGGAUCUGCUCACCGAUCUCACCAACUUCACCUAUCUCUCCUAUCUCAACAUAUUCGCUACGAAACCGUUGGACGAGACAAGGAUGGUCGCGCCCCCCGAACAGGACCUAAUCAUAGCGAACGAGAGCCGUCUGUUGAUCAAUCUCGAGGGUUGCGUGAACACUUUGAGGGAGGAGUGCAAGGAGUUUCUUCACGAGUACGGGAAGGACGGGUCGGAUCACAACGCGCGAGCUAGAUUCCCUUGUUACUACGCCGAGAGCAACACGGGGAUCGUUGUUUCCCGUUUCAAUCUGGAGAACACGUACAAGGAGUUCAUGAUCGCGUUGCUGUUGCCCAGCAUCUUGUUCGUGGUCAGUUGCCUGACGUUGAUCUUUUGCCAGAAGACGGUGGUAGUUGGGGACGACGCUAAGAUGAGAUUCAAGGGCACCGUUGGCGCACUCUCGUCCAUGGAGAAGAGCGCUUCGGGUAACCUGGGGGAUGCUGGCGGAGGAAACUCCGCUAUGGCGCUCUGA